GAGCGAGGGCCAUAUUCUCUUCAGAACUGUGUCUGUGUCGACAACGAGGUCGUCAGAGAUCUCUUCUCUCCUAUUUUCUUUGUUCUUCUCUCUCUCUCUCUCUCUCUCUUAUACUCUUCGUUGCCGCCUCUUUCGCGAUGGCUGCACCCACGACAGAGGACCAGUGCUUUGUGGAAGGUCUCGCUUGGGCUACGGAUGACCGAGCUCUGCGAAUUGCAUUCCGCCAGUGCGGCGACGUGGUGGACUGCAAGGUCAUCUUGGACUGUGAGACUGGCAGGUCGAGACGCUUUGGGUUCGUCGCUAUCGCUGACGAGAAGUCCAUCAACAGCGCCAUUUGCACAAUGAAUGGCUUUCGGUUGGACAACAGAUCCAUCACUGUGAACCAAGCUCAAGCAAGAAGUGGCCGAAGUCAUGGCGGCGGCGGCGGCGGCGGCGGCUUUGGCUCUCGUGGCGGCGGUCGCUAUGGUGGCGACAGCGACCGGUAUGGCAGUGGGUAGGGCAAUGGCGGUGGAUAAAACGAUGGCGGCUACAGCAGCCGGUCGCGA